UCAGAAUUAUUGUAUAUUUCAUUGCAAACGAAAGUAUUUUCAUUCUUUAAUAAUUCAGAAAAUUUCCUGAUUUAUUAAAGCCAACUUGCUAUACGGUGUUCACGUCUUCACGUGUGAUUAAUAUUGAAAAUGAAUAUAAAAUGUUCCUUUAUUUUAUUAUUUGUGUGCCUUGAAGUCAGUGCAUAUUCGGAUUGGUCCACACAACCAUCCAAUGUUGCUCAGCAUGUCGCAAUCACAGUGAGAAAUGCACCAGAAUAUCAAUUUGCAGUCGCUGGCGAAGAUUAUCUCAUUCAAUGUGAUGUCACUGCUAAUCAAACUUCGAUGACGAUUUGGUUGCGCAAUGGUUAUGCGAUUAAAAGUGGUGACCAUUAUGUAAUUCAAACGAAAGGUCUUUUGGUGCGCAAUAUACAAGAAUCAGACGAUGACAUUUAUAUGUGUAUAGUUGUUGCUCUGACCGGUGAAUUUAUUGAACGUCAUAUUCGCGUUGAGGUCAUAGUACCGCCAAAGAUACAACCAUUCGAAAUGGAAUUGGAGGGUAUCGAAAAUCAACCAUUUUCGGUGAAAUGUAAUGCCACCGGUAAACCAACUUACUCAUGGUUCAAGGACAAUGAACAAUUGAAUGCUGAAAAUGCCGACAGGUAA